UCAACUAAAGUACAAAACUCUUUCAUAUAAACAAACCUUUAAUUCAUCCAGGCCUCGUCAAAUUCUCCGGCCCAUGGGCUGAAGCCCGAAUGAGUGGCCGCAUAGCCCGGCCCGGGCUCAAGCCCGAAACCUACAUACCCGAGUUUCUGUUCCUCGUCCAUUGUCUCCGUUUGAAACAGUUUCAGUUUCUGUCUCUUUCUUCGGCUGCUACGUUCUCUGAACUUCCAUCGACGCGCCGGCAAACGCCUUCUGCACGCUUCGUGUAACAGCAGAACCCAAGAGAAAAUGACAAAUGAGAAUACAACAGGCAUUGAGAUAGAUUAUGAAUAUGAAGAUUGCAAUAAUUCUAAGCGCCCAAAAAUGACUUCUAAAGUAUGGGAAGAAAUGCAGCGUAUUCAUACCACUGAAGGUAGUAAAGUUCUGUGCAGACACUGCGGAAAACUGUUGCAAGAUAACUGUGGAACUUCUCAUUUAAAGCGUCAUUUGAUCAUAUGCCCUAAGCGUCCUAAACCAAUGGAUAUUAUUACUCAAGAUUCAAUGCCUACGGUGUGUUUUAGAGGUCCUAGCAGUGUCAAAGAUUCUGGAUUAAACACAGUUCUUAUGGUUCGCCCAUUAAAGGUCGAACCUGAAUCUCAAAUCCCAUGUUUUUCUCAGACUCCAAAUAUUCAACUUCCGACUGCUAUUGCAUCCAUUGAAAAUUCUCCCAGUCCUGUACAAGAACUACAUCCAAAAACUAGUUCCCCCCUUUUGCUGCCUGGCAUAGAAUCUCCCAAGAAUCAAGGGGAACUGACUCUGGAUGAUGUAGAAAUGAAAGCAUUUUAUGCUUCUCUUGAUGCCGAGACCUCAGUUAUGUCACCUUCCCAAGACACCUCAGUCAUUACUGAAUUAUCCAAUUCCACACCUUGUGAAGAGACCAAGAAAGCAUUGAAAACACUGCAGGACCUUUUUUCCAAAGAUUUCUCUGAUCUAUUGCAUACUGAACAAUCUGGUACCAUCAAGGCUGCCAUUGAAUACCUUUCCAAGUUGUCUGCAGACGAUGGAAUCUCUGUAGAAAUGAGGUUGUUGGUAUUAGAAGUUUCUAGAGAAUUCACUCGCUGGAGUUGCGACUACAAUGAUGCUAGUAGGAAAAUAGAGUCUGCCAGCACCAAUAUCUCAAAAGCAGAUAAACUAGAAGGAAAUCUUGAAGCUAACAAGAAUGAGUUCAAGGAAGUUUUGUCCUUAGAAAAUGAGUUGAGCAACCAGUUAUCAUGUUUGGAGAAAAGGAAGAAAGAGCUAGAAGAGCAGAUAGAUGCAAUUAAAGCCAACAUUGCUGUUUUUCAAUCGGCUAAGGUAACAGGUACAAAGAGAAAAAGGGAAGUUUUUGAAGAAGCUAAAAUUCUCAAAGUACAAAGAGAUGAGUUGAAGGAACAAGUGCCUCACUUGAGAAAUGAAUUAGAAGUGGCCAAGAAAAACCAAGCACAUAUUCGAGCUGAAUGGUCAAAGCUUGGAGAAAAAUUUAACAAAAGCUUGAAUGCGAUGAAUUGUGAGUACUUGGAUGGUAAAUCCAUCGAGGAUUGUCCUCAGGAAAAUUCCAUUUAAGAAUCUGAAUGUCAAUUUUAACUAAUAUCAAUACCUUCAAUCUUCAUACCGACUCCAUGAUGAGCUAAAAGUAAGCUCUGAUAUUUGUUAUACCUAUGCUGAAAAAUGAAGCAUUUUUACCAUUGAUUUUAA